AUGAAAUCUCUUUACUUUCCGAGAGCUCUUUUACCGACGCAGACUAUACCGAUAUCAACCCCUCCGUCGUUAGGAGAUGCAAGAGUUCCAGGAACAGAAUUAGUUAUACCCCUCGGUAUGGGUAUACUAUUUUUAAGUGGUCUUUGUACAUUAUACGUGAUCGUUAGAACAAUGUCACGAUGGAAGACUACUCAAAGAUCUUUACCGAUGGCGUUGAGAGUGCCUUUUUAUAUUGCUAUGUCAGGCAGACCAUGGCCAACAGAUGAUUGCCGAUUGAUCGGAGGCGUAACAUUCUUUUUUAUAUCAUGUAAUAUGAUACUCGUAGGAUCAUUAGCAAUGUUAACUUUUUUAAGAAUAUGUAGAAAAUGGUAUAUCGAUUUGGGAAAAUGUGAUUACAAGUUAUUUGCCUUUCUCAUAUCAUUAUCAUUUGUCUUUACUAUGGCUGGAAUUUCAAGCUUUGGUCCUAGUAAAUAUUGUCUUAUAACACCAAUAAUAACGUUAGCCUUAAAUUUUUCGAUAUUGGCAAUUGUCGUAUUUUGUUACGCAAAGACAUUACGAGAAUUAAAUUCGAUUCAAUUAAAAAAAGAUUAUAAAUCAAGAUUUGAUACUCUUUCAAAACAUAAAAAGAUUGAACCAAUAGUAGUGAGAAAAAUUAUUGGUUAUGUACUUAUUUUCAUUAUUCAAUGGACUCCCGCUAUGAUUUACGUCUUUUGUCAAAUAAUUGGUUAUGAUGAAAUGUGGAUUUACUUAGUAACUGAUGCGACUGUAAACUUGGGUGGUAUAGGAAACAUGAUACAAUAUAUAAUAAAUGAAGGAUGGCGUAAUGAUACAAGUGGAAACCUUAACGAAACUUGUGAUAUGUCAGCUGUAAUAAUUCCUGCUCCUUCUUCUAAUGAUUCGGAUUAUCCAAAUAAUUCUCCUGCUCCUACUAUAAGUUUACCUUUUCAUCAUCAAUCAAAAUCAAGAAUUAAUGAUUUGAUGUCUAUUAAAAUUGAUGAUUCUAAACCAAAAUUAUUUUUACCUGAUACUUUAAAUAAUAGUUCUCCUACUUUAGUUCCUAGUAUUGAAAAUUUAAAAAGUGAUAGAAAAGAUGAUUUUAAAAUGAAACAACAACGUGAAAUUAUACAAAGAGAUAUAUCGGUUUCUUCUUCUUCAUCACAAAGUGAUCAUAGUAAUAUUAUGAAUGAAUUGGAUAAAAUUAUUGUUAGACAUAAUGAUGAUGUUAUAAGACAUGGUGGUAUUAUGUCCAGGCAAAAUGGUACCACUUUAACUCGUGAACAAAGUUUAAAAACUUUUAGAAAAAGUAUUAAAAAUAAGAAUAAUAGAAAUGAUACUGUAAGUUGGCAUAGAUUUGGAAGUGGUGGAAAUAGUCGAACUUCAAUAAGAGGUUUAUUACAAAGAGUUGAAAGUUUUAGAAAAGUUAAAGACCCUAAAAUUAUUGAUCCUAAAAAUACUGCUGAUGAAAUCAAAGAAAUUGAUGAAGAAAAUCUCCCCCCUGGUGGGAAUUCGACCUAUUCUUAUCUAUAA